AUGUCUUCAUUCACUCAGCCAGUGCCAGUAGUUGCCUGCGGCAGAAUACCCGCGAUGGGGAAAUCAAUCUCCCAGCACCUACUGCCUGAAUACGAAGUCAUCCACUUCAUCCUGUCAUAUGAGGCUGCAGAGGCUGAACUCCCGCAUCUGCUUGCAGGUCGCGAUCCUCAGUCUCGGAGUCCCAAUGAAAUAGGAACCCACGAUUAUAGCCGGCCUCCUCGCGCGGUAAUAUUUGGUCGCGGCUAUGAGCCUAAGCAGGUUGAAGAGCUUAAGCAAAAAUUCGCGGGUGUUACCAAAGAACCUGUUGCUUGGGUGAGGGGGAACCCAGCGGACUUGCCUGCCGGGGCCGCUGGGCCUGAGUAUGCUCAGAAUGUCGCGGCGGAUAUGAAGAAGGUGCUUAAAAAAUGGAGGGAUGGGGGAGGAAAGGGGGAGGAGAUUUUGGUGUACUAG